AUGUUUGCCGAUGACAUAAAGAUCUGGAGUACCAUACGAAGCGAAGUUGACGAGGCGCGACUGCAGACAAACCUGGACCACCUCGAGCAAUGGUCGAAAGACUGGCUUCAACCGUUCAACGUAAACAAGUGCAAUUUCCUGCGCGUCGGCAGAACCAGUUCUCCUAACCACACAGUCUACCGUCUGACUGACAAAGCACUGCAAGAAGUCGACGCCCAGAAGGACUUGGGUGUAUGGAUCGCAACCUCGCUGAAGCCUUGGCUGCAAUGUUCAAAGGUGGCCAUGUCGGCGAUAUCCAUUCUAUACCUCGUCAAACGGGCGUUCUCCUCCUUUGAUGAAGACUGCUUCGCCAAGGUCUUUCAAACCUUCGUGCGACCGCAUAUGGAGUUUGCUAUCCAAGCAUGGAGACCCUGGACCGCUAAAGACUUUGGCAUACUUGAAAAAGUUCAACGGCGAGCAACGAAACUUGUAUCUGGGCAGUGGUCACCUCCCUACUAA